AUGAUGCAGCAGGCUCCUCACCACCUGCCGCGCCUCCACCCGUCGUCGUCGUCCUCGUCGGAGCCGGAGGAGAUGGACCCCCGCGUGUGGCGCCGGCUGCCGCAGCCGCUGGUGGACCGCGUGCUGGCGUGCCUCCCGACGCCGUCCUUCCUCCGCCUCCGCGCAGCCUGCCGCCGCUUCUACGGCCUCCUCUACUCCUCGCCGUUCCUCCACUCCCACCUCCUCCUCUCCCCGCACCUUCCCUUCUUCGCCUUCGCCGUUCCCUCCGCGCCGGGGCACCUCCUCCUCCUCGACCCCACCAGGCGGGCGCCCUCCUGGUCCCGCCUCCCGCUGCCGCUGCCGGCGCCGGGCGCCGGGCAGGCGGCCUUCUCCCCGGCGGCCGCGUCGGCGGGCCUGCUCGCGUUCCUGUCCGACGCGUCCGGCCACAAGACGCUGCUCCUCGCUAACCCCAUCACGCGCCUCCUCGCGCCGCUGCCGCUCUGCCCCAACGCGCGCCUCUCCCCCACCGUCGGCCUCGCCGCCGGUCCCACCUCCUUCAUCGCCGUCGUGGCCGGGGACGAUCUCGUGUCCCCCUUCGCCGUCAAGAACAUCUCCGCCGACACCUUCGUCGCCGACGCCGCCUCCGUCCCGCCCUCCGGCUUCUGGGCCCCGAGCUCCCUCCUCCCCCGCCUCUCCUCCCUCGACCCCCGCGCCGGCAUGGCCUUCGCCUCCGGAAGGUUCUACUGCAUGAGCUCGUCGCCGUUCGCGGUGCUUGUGUUCGACGUGGCGGCCAACUUCUGGAGCAAGGUGCAGCCGCCGAUGAGGAGGUUCCUGCGGUCGCCGGCGCUCGUGGAGCUCGGCGGCGGGAGGGAGCGCGAGGCGAGGGUGGCGCUGGUUGCGGCCGUCGAGAAGAGCCGCCUCAGCGUUCCGCGGAGCUUCAUGGCGGCCGAGGCCGGGCGCGGGUUCGAGUGCGCCGCGCACGGCGACUUCGUGGUGCUGGCGCCCCGCGCGCCGGCGAGCCCCGUGCUCGUGUUCGAUUCGCGCCACGACGAGUGGCGGUGGGCGCCGCCGUGCCCGUACCCGUACGUCGGGGGGAUCGGCGCCGGCGCCGGCGGCGUGGGGUUCAGGGUGUUCGCCUACGAGCCCCGCCUGGCGACGCCGGCCAUCGGCCUCCUGGACGCCACGGCUCCGGCGGCCUUGCAUGGAAUGCAGGGCUAG